UACUAGUAGUUAUAAAAAAGAUACAUACUGUAAAAACUUAAGAACUUAGAUUUAUAAAUAAUAUGAGCUGAGCUCUAUUCGAUUCGAAGACCUAGCAGCAUCAUACACGAAUCAAGUACGCACAAUACAACAUAACAUAUAAACACGGGAACACUGAUAUCUCUGGAGAGGGAAAGUGAGAUCGAGGGGGGAUGCUUGCCGAUAUAUGAAGGCGAAAUCGCGGGUCGCGCACUCGAUAAUCCACCAUACCCUCUCGUGCAUUCAAUCUUAUUUUUUUCUUCUCAAUAAAUAAUCUAAUUAAAAAAAAAAAAAUAAAAACAAAAACAAUAAACAAAUUUGGUUUCUUCACCUGAAAUAAUUUACGAGUGAAUACCGUUUAUGUUCUAACCCCGUUUUUACAUAAUACUGGAACUGGUAUUUUGGUGACACCGAAUAGAGGAUUUAGAUAAAAAAAUGAGCAAGACGUGGAAAGCUGGCAAACCGCAAUCCGACUGGCUACUGACAUAUAUUUAUUCACCUAGUCUUAUAAUUCCACGUUAGUUGCUCCUUCAUGUCCAUAUUUCGUUCUCUCCACUAAUUAUAAUACCCACCGGUGAGAUAAGGUCAACCAGAUCAAAUUUGCCAUCGCGUAAGAUGUAACGAUCAUGAUGUUUAAUCAAGUGUAUGUAAGUGCAAAAGAUUUUCUAGGCUUGGACGAAGUCUCUAAAAUUGAGUUCCUGGUGCCGCUGUUCAGCGAAGCUCUGGGAACAUUUUUAUUGGUCCUUAUCGGGUGCGCAUCCUGCCUCACAUGGGAUGAAUCUCAUCCACCGACUGUGAUCCACAUCGCGUUUACUUUUGGUCUCGCUGUUGCUGCGCUAGCUCAGGUACUUGGACCAGUAUCUGGGUGUCACGUUAACCCUGCGGUGACGGCAGGUCUUGUCGUCAGUGGAAACUGUUCAUUAUUAAGAGCAAUUUGCUACAUUGUUUGUCAAUGUUGUGGUGCAAUAGCUGGAGCAGCUGUUCUGAAAGUCGUAAUACCUGGACCAACGACAUCUCGUGGAAUAGGAGCGACGACCCUGAGUGACGGAGUGGACAGUGGUCAGGGGAUUUUGAUGGAAGCGAUAGUAACGUUUCUCCUGGUGCUGGUGGUCCACGCAACGACUGACUCGAAGCGUCGGGACACGACCGGCUGGGCUCCGCUGGCGAUCGGGUUGACAAUAACGGUGGCCCACCUGGCAGCUGUUCCACUCACUGGAAGCAGCAUGAACCCCGCGAGGUCUUUCGGCCCAGCGGUGAUCCUCGGCUCCUGGACUGACCAGUGGAUUUACUGGGUUGGACCCGUCGUCGGUGGGAUUGUCGCCGGAGGACUUUACAAGUUGGGACUCAGGGCCAAGAAUAAAGAUGACGAUGAAGCUUCUUAUGACUUUUGAGGUGUUUUACGCUUACUAUCUCUAGGGCAUUCAUUUUUUUUUUUGGCAAUUAUGAUUAAGUAGCUUCAAUUUUUUUUUAUAAUUAC